UUCAGUUCUAACAAUUUCUUCACCGAGAGGAGGUCUUGACUGAGCCCUAGCUUAAUUGGUUCCUCUUGGCCCUUUUUCUGCUUAUAUUUUGUUGCCAUUUUCCGAGUAAAAGUAUAAGAAAAAGAAGAAGAAGACAUAUUAAUCAAUGGCGGUGAAACCGACGAAAGCGCAGAAGAAGGUAGCGUACGAUGCUAAACUGUGCCGGCUUCUGGACACUUACACACAAAUUCUGGUGGUGGCUGCUGACAACGUGGGAUCUAACCAGCUUCAGAACAUUCGAAAGGGUCUACGUGGCGACUCCAUUGUGCUCAUGGGAAAGAACACCAUGAUGAAGCGCUCUAUAAAGCUCCACUCCGAAGCCACUGGCAACAACAUCUACCUCAACCUUGUUCCCCUUCUAGUGGGUAACGUGGGGUUGAUUUUCACCAAAGGGGACGUGAAGGAGGUUAGCGAAGUUGUUGCUAAGUACAAGGUGGGAGCUCCUGCUCGUGUUGGAUUAGUUGCACCUAUUGAUGUUGUUGUUCCUCCAGGCAACACAGGGCUGGAUCCCUCUCAGACUUCUUUCUUCCAGGUGCUUAACAUUCCUACCAAGAUUAAUAAGGGUACUGUGGAAAUUAUCACCCCUGUGGAAUUGAUUAAGAAGGGAGAGAAGGUUGGCUCUUCAGAAUCAGCAUUGCUUUCCAAGCUUGGGAUAAGGCCAUUCUCUUAUGGGCUUGUUGUGGUUUCUGUUUAUGACAAUGGUUCAGUUUUUAGCCCUGAGGUUCUUGACCUCACUGAUGAUGACCUCGUUGAGAGGUUUGCUCUUGGUGUGUCCAUGGUGUCUUCUCUUUCCUUGGCUAUCUCAUACCCUACAAUUGCAGCUGCACCACACAUGUUUGUCAAUGCCUACAAGAACAUCCUCUCCGUUGCACUCGCAACAGAAUAUUCCUUCCCUCAGGCAGACAAAGUUAAGGACUACUUGAAGGAUCCUAGUAAAUUUGCUGUAGCUGUUGUUGCAGUACCUGCUGGUGGUGGCACUGCUCCAGCUGCUGCAACGAAGGAGGAGGCAAAGAAGGAAGAAUCGGAAGAAGAAUCUGAUACUGACAUGGGCUUUGGUUUGUUUGAUUAAGUGUUGGAUGGCUAUGCUUAUGGAGUCUAGUUUUAACUUUUGCUCUCUGCUUUCGUAAAAUACAACUUUUCUUAUUUAGGUGUUAUUUUCUAUUUUGACCAUUUAUAAUGUUUCCAUUAUUAUUA